AUGUCACGAUUCUCUCACGCAAAUUUCAACGCAAAGAACUACGCAGAAGCUAGGCCAACAUAUGUCCCAAAGAUAUAUGACCUUAUCAGCAACUUCCAUAAGGGCGCUAGAGACGCGGUUGUCGAUGUUGGUUCAGGGCCUGGCAACGGCACACAGGGGCUCCUAGAUUUAGAUUUUGGAAAGGUUUACGCCGUAGAACCAAGCACUGUUAUGAUAGAAGAAGGAAAGAAUAGACCACGCGGUACAGAGAUAGAUUGGUUCACUGGAUCAGGUGAAAAUCUUUCUCAGAUACUCCCAAACAAGGUCGAUAUGAUAACAUCCUUUGAGGCAGCUCACUGGAUGGACCAUGAGAAGACUUGGAAGGAAUGCUAUGAGGUUUUGACCCCAGGGGGUACUGUUGCACAUGUCAUGUAUGGUCAUACUGAGCUUCUCGGAAAUGAAAAAGCUAGUGAAAUUGUUCUCGAUUUCGCGCGUAAUAAACUUAAGGCGUAUUACAUGCCACAGCAUGACAUUGCAUUCGGAUUAAUGGAUGCAAUUGAUCCUCCAAGCUGGGCAACGCGUGUGGAGAGACAUAAGUUCCUCACUAAGUCUAAAGAUGGAGAGAAUCAGUGUAUAAUGACUAGGGAAACCACAUUGAGGGGUUUGCAAGCCCAGAUUUAUAGUUGGUCACCUACAGACCAAUACGUAGAGGAGCAUCCAGGUGAGGAUCCUGUUGGAGACAUCAUGAAGGUCAUUAUGGAACUCUACAAUGCUAAGGACUUGGACCACCCAAUCACAAUGGCUUGGUCAUUGGCGGUAUUCUUAGUAUCGAAGUGA